AUGACCACACAGAAGAUUGCCAUUGCCGUGAUUGGCACACUCGACACCAAGCUGCCAGAGUAUCUAUACCUCAGGUCCCAGAUAUUGCAGCGUGAGCCCUCGAUAGAUGUGAUCUUGAUCGACGCAGGCCGAAGCCAGGUCGCCCAUGAGGCCAUCACCAUCCCCCAGGCCGAAGUUCUCAAAGCAAGCGGCUAUCAGAACGGGGAUGACUCUCUGCAGUCGUUACCUCGUGGGGAGGUCAUCAAAACCAUGAUCAAAGGGGCUAUAAGCGUAACCAAGGAACUCCGCGACAACGGCAAGAUCCAGGGCAUUAUCGGUCUCGGCGGCAGCGGCGGGACCAGCAUCGCCGCCGCAGUGAUGCGCGAGCUGCCCCUCACAUUCCCAAAGCUGAUAGUAUCCACCGUGGCCUCCAGCGACACGAGCUCGUACGUUGGCGAGACGGACAUCACCAUGAUGUACAGCGUGGUGGACAUCGCGGGGCUCAACGAGGUCCUGAAGGCGGUGAUUGACAACGCCGCUGCGGCGAUCGUGGGCAUGGCCCAGGUAUACGCUGCUAGGACACUGCAAGGCAGGACGGGACGGGAGAGGAAGGGAAUAGGCAUUACCAUGUUUGGCGUUACCACGCAAGUAGUUGAUGUUGCCCGCCGCUGGCUGGAUGGCCAGGGGUUCGAAGUUUAUGUCUUCCAUGCGACGGGAGCGGGUGGACGAGCGAUGGAGCGCCUGGUUCGCGAGGGGCGGUUGGACGCCGUUCUGGACUUGACCACCACCGAGCUGGCCGAUGAACUGGUGGGCGGCGUCUUCAGCGCCGGAGAGCACCGCCUAACCGCGGCUGCUAGGGUCGGAAUACCGCAAAUCGUCAGCGUCGGCGCUUUGGACAUGGUGAAUUUCGGACCCAAGGACACUGUUCCGGCGCAGUUCCAGGAUAGGAAUUUGUUUGAGCACAAUCCGUCAGUGACGCUGAUGCGAACCACGCCCCAGGAAUGCGAGGAGUUGGGGAAUAGGCUGGCAAGACGGCUUUGGGAGAACUGUGCCGACCCGGAAGUGAUUGAGGUCUGGCUCCCGCUAAAGGGCAUCAGUGCGAUCGCUGUGAAGGGGCAGGCUUUUUAUGAUGAGGAUGCUGAUCGUGCGCUGUUCGCUGCUAUCAAGAAGGAGCUGGAGGGAAGUGGGAUCAAGACGGUGGAGGUCGACACAGAUAUCAAUGAUCCAACAUGGUCAGAGGACAUUGCUCGAAGACUAACUAACCUCCUGGACGUGGAAAGUAGGACUUUGAAAGGGACUACCUAA